AUGGUACUCAAAGGAUACAUGCUUUACAUCUUUACGACACUUAGGUACAUUCGACUCCUAGAUUUGUCUGGACAAUAUGGUUACAAAGAGAGUGAUAAAUUGCCAAGUCUGUAUCACCUAAGUCUGCCUUCUUUUAGAAUUAAAGCAAUGAUGGAUGGUCAAGCCGCACGCGAGUCCUAUAACAUUGCUGUUACACCAUCAGGACAGAUUUUGUUGGUAGUUAGCAUCCUUUUCAAGUCAACCGGGGAUAGGAUCCUCCGUCUCUUCAAGAGUAAUCAUCCGGUGGACACCCAGAUUUUUGAGGUGUACACUCUCUAG